CGGCAGUUGGGUAGAGUGGUUGUGUCGAAACGUUUCGUGAUCGUUUCUUUCGAGUGUAAGAUAAUCUUCGUAGCUGUUAUUGUCCGGCAGUGAUUUGCCACCAGCUGAGAGAAUGAAUGACUCAAAAGAUGAAAAAGAAGAAAUUUCUGAAUCAAAUCAAACUAUUUUUCCAAAUCUGAGCGAUGCUGACUUGAGGCGGCUAGGACUUUGGGUUCAGUCGCCUAGUGAAGACAACAGUGAAUCUCUCAUUGGAGAGGAAAAUAUAGAGAGCAAAUAUACUUCUCUAGUCCUUGCCUUUAAGACUGACAAAAUGACUCUGACGCGAAGACUCGAGCUUCAAAACAAAUUGAGGGACCAGGCUGAGAUCAAUAUGACGCACGAAGUGGAAGCUUUAAAAGCCGCUGUCGAUUUAUUGAACAAUUUAUGUACAGAUAUUGAAAGAAAUGAUUUAUUUGAAAAAAUCCGACACACAAUUGAAGCAUUAUAUAAUUCUGCUCUCAGGGUCUCGAGCACAGCAGAAAUUUACGGUGCUGUGCAACAAGAAAAUCGUCUCUCUAAAGCCAUCGAUAUUAUUUUAAAAUAUGUUGAAAAUUUGAAACAUUUAUAUGAAAAAGAGAAAAAUGAACAUGAGGAAACAAGAAAACUAUUGAGAGAAAGCAAGACUCCAGCAACUACGCCAACGGAAAACAGUAAGAGGAGGGCGAGCAUUGCAACUUUACAUCAGCGACAAAUUCAAACUGAAGUUAUCUCUACCUCAGGUGAGAGACGAGGGAGCUCUUCAAGAAGGGGAUCUCAACUACGAAGAUCAACAUUGACUAAAAAUGAUUCCCAAAACGAAAUAUUAAGAAAUAAUGGUAAUGAAGGAGAAUCUUUUGAUAAGAUAUUUGAGGGAUGUGAAACUUGUGGGUCAAGACUAAAAUCUGAACAGGACAGUAAUACCUCUCAUCCUAAUAGCUCAGAUGAAUCUUCGGCAGAAGAGCCUCGAGUUCUUAAAAGAGGUACAAGUUUUAAGGAAGAAGGGAAUGUUGCUAGAAGAAGUACACCUAGGCACAAAUUUAGAAAAAGGUCCUCCUUCACAUCACCAUUAUGGUUACAGAAGAUGUCGAAAUAUUGGCAUUGGUUAAGACCUUACGAAGACUAUGCACUUCAAGUUCGUUAUUUCAUAGCCUCCUUGUUCGUCUUGGCUGCAUUUUUCGUCAUGGGUGCCAGUUUUUUUCAAAGUGUCGAAGCUUAAUGCCUUAAAACAGAACAAAAAUCCAAGACACUUUUGUGAAAUAAAUAAAAUUUAAUGACAAUAAUCACUUGUGUAUAUGCAUAUUAAAAAUUGACGCAGCUCAUCACUUACAACUAUAAGAAUUCUAAUUACUGUCCCUUUUCUUAUUUUAAGUCAAUUAGUUUUCAUAAUUAUUAUUUCUUUAACACCCAAAUGCUGUAUUUAUGAGUUAUAUAAAAUAAGAAAACUCAAUUCCAAAGAACAUACACUUUUUAAUAUGCUCUGCCAUUUGGUUAAUAUGUCUUUUGAAUAAAACCUUCCAACACAAAUUUAGAAGCAUUAAAUUGGAAAGUAGAUCCCUGGGCUUCCUUUAUCGGGAAAUCUAUUUUUAAACAAGCAUCGAGUACAUAAUCAAUAUCUCGUUUGGAAUGGGUUUGUUCUCUUCACAAAUGUAAUCAACAGCAAUCAUAUGUCAGAAAAGUGUGUGAAGAAGAUAUGAAUGGUACUUCGUUCCAUGUGCCAAUUAUGAAUGUCCAUUUUUUAUAUUAAUUUUAUGUUAUAAAAUUUAUUUUGGUUUUAAUGUAUUUCCUAAAUAAAGCUAUUUAUAUGUAUAUAAAUGAAGAUAUGGAACAUUUAAUAUAACCUUUAUUAUGAUUACUGUCUGAAUGUAGUUUAGAAUAUUUUAAAUUACAUAGAUUGUAUGUAAUCAAGAGUCCAAAAUGUUUUGUAGCCAAAGAAAUUAUAUAUACCUAUACCAAUCAGCAAUAUAUGAAUUGUUCGAAUGUCGUUGCUUUGGUUGUUGUGAUAAUAUACCUAUUAUGACGUGAUCAUUUUAUACAUGUUAUUGUUAUUUCAAAGUUACAGGUUAAAGUAGAUAGCUCCUCUUAAUCCGUGUGGACCAAUAUAACUGAUAAUACAUGAUAGAGUACUUAAAAAUACAUGUCUGAUAACUGUAAAUUAUAUGCAUUGAUAAGUACAGUGAAAUUCCUCUGCAGUAAGAAAUAAUUAUUUUAAUGGUGGAAAUCUUAUUUAAUACUUCUUUGAUUUAAUAAAUUAUUCAGGAAGUUAUUUAAUUCAUUCAUAUUUACUUUCAUAUUUUCCUUUUAAUUAAAAAAAAAAAACUUCCUUUGAUUGACAACUUUUUGGUCCUUACCAAAAUUUUCAAAUUUAUCUCCUUUAAAAGAGACUUACUUGGUCAGUAUUUUAAAAUAAAAAAUAAAACAUAUUUUUGUAUUUUGUAUUUUAAAAAGUAAAAUGUAAAAGACAUUGUAACUGUAUUUUCUUUUUAAAAUACAAAAAAGUAUUUGUAUUUUAUUUCCAAGAAACUGAAAUACAAAAAAUGUAUUUUAUUUUGUAUUUUAAAUACACUAAAUAAAUAGAGUAGGUUCUUUGUAUUGUACGGUGAUCAGGCAUCAGAAAAUAUUUUGUAUUUAUAUUUUAUCUUUUUGUGAUUCAAAUAUAAAAUACUUUUAGUAUUUGCACUUUGUAUUUGAAAUACAUUUUCUGAAAACAAUUUAAAUACUUUGUAAUUAAAAUACAGUGUAUUUUAAAAACAAAAAUACAUGGUAUUUUAAAUACUGUAUUUUAAAAUAAUAUUUAAAAUGUAUUUUGCCCAGGUCUGCUAUAAAACCGUUAAUAUGUCAAAAGAAUGUAUAUUUAUUUUAAUAUUUAAAUUUACAUUGCCAACAAUCUUUCUUAUAUUUUUAACAAUUUAAAUAACUGCUUAAACAAUUUUCCUUUUUUUUAUAACAGACGGAAAAUCCAUUCUCAUUAAUGAACUUAUUUAUUUUUUUUUAAUUUUGUAUUGUUAACUUAAAAACAUUAUCUGUGUUCUGCCCUUACAAUUCUUUCACUUUUCCUCUGUUGUAAAACAAUCCACGAUUUAUUUCUAUAAUUAUUAAUAAUCAUUAUUUAGUUGCUCUAAUUUUAAUCCAUGUUUUAUUUCUUUAUUACCAAAUAAAUUUGUUAAUAAGUAAACUUUCACAAUCAUACUGUGUUUUUACAAUUGUCUCUAGUCGUUUGUCUAAACUAUACCGUAGUUUAUCAAUACUCCACAAAUUCCUUUCAUUUAAUUUUCUAUCUGUUUUAUCUAGUUUUAAUUGUUUUUAUUAAUAAAAAAAUUAUUAAUUGCUCAUUAUUAUCUUUUUUAUUUUUAUUUCAUCAAUAAUGUUGAAAAAAUGCGUUUUUAUAUUUUUUAAAGCUGUUUUAGAAUUAACCACCCUAAUUAUAUUUAUAGUUAUGUAAACAAUUCUAAAUUUUACUUAAUUUUAUUGCUUUUUGCAAUAUUUAAACAAUUCAAAUUACAAAACAAAAGAAGAUAAAUUUUGAAACAUUCAAUAUUAUAAAUAACACAUUUAAUAUUUUAUUUUCUCUAAGGAAUCGAUUUUUCGAAGAAAAUCAAUUUUUCUUAUAUUUAAAUUGUAAUUCCAAUGUGUGCCAUUGUUGUGAUAAUUUUAUUUUUUUAUUUUGGAUUUAUAUCUUGUAAUAUGAAUUAAAUUAAAUGCAUUUAUUUAAAGGAGUAAAUAAUUAAUUGAGUUUCAUAGACCCUUAUCUUCAGCUACAUAUAAGAAUAAAUUUUAAGAGGGAUUUCUCUGUAUACGAAUACAUAUGUACUUACUGUGAAUUACAUGUAUUUUUAAUACAUACUUAUUACUGAAGCUCAUUAAAAGCAUUUGCCAAUAAUAAGAUUUAUUAUAUUAUGAAAAUAAACUGUAGAAAAUGUAGUGCCCUAGGAAAAUCCCCAAGAUAAAUGAAGGGGAAUUGGUCUUUCAAUUUUAAUAGUUACCAUAAACAAAAUAGUUGGUAUUUAUAAUAUGCAUUUGAAAAAUGGAAAUCUUAGCUAAGUUAAGUAAUCUCUUAGUCUAAAUUACAUAGUAUUAAAAAUGUUCAAUAUCAAUUAUAAGUAAAAGUCUUUAAUGAAGUAAGGUCCCAUGAUUACUGAUUUUUUAUUUUAAAAAUAUGGUAUCUAAAAAGAGAAACAUUAUGCUAUAAUUAUUCUGAAUUUUAUUGAUUGUAAAUAAGUGAUAUUGUAUUGCUACUGAAAAUGUUUAUAAUUAAUACAAACAUGUACUGUUUAUUAUAUCUUAAUAUGUUUAUGGUUUAUACCAAAUUAUAUUUUAUAUUUCUACCUAAUAUUGUUAUGUAGUUAUUUAUAAUUAUAAUUGUAUAUAUGAAUCAAACUUAAAAAUUGUUGACUGUUUUAUUUUAUUACUACUAUAAUUUUUUUUUUUAGAGUAUUUAAAAUUGUAUACAUCUGUCUAUUGUACUUAAAUGUAAUUAAAAAAAAAUCAAAG